UCAACGGCUUUCUUCUCGAGAAUAGAGUGGUUCAGGCCGCAAAACUUUUCAAUAAAAUGAUCAACGCAGGUAAUUGUCAGCCUGAUGCUGUUACUUAUGGCACGCUAGUAAAGGGCUUUUGCAUGAAAGGUAACAACAGUGCUGCUAUUCAGUUGCUUAGGAAGAUGGAGGAAGGAGCUUGCAAGCCUGGCUUAGUUGUCUAUAACACAAUCAUCGGCAGUCUUUGUAAGGAUAAAUUAGUUGAUGAUGCAUUGAACCUCUUAUCAGAAAUGAUGAGCAAGGGUAUUGCCCCAAAUGUCAUUACCUAUACAUCCUUGAUUCAUGGAGUUUGCAAAUUAGGCAAGUGGAAAGAAGCUAAAGGGUUGUUGAAUGAAAUGGUGAGUAAAAACGUCUUUCCAGAUGUGUGCACAUUCAGUGUCUUGGUAGACACACUUUGUAAGGAGGGGAUGGUUGGGGAAGCAGAAGGCGUGGUCAAAAUGAUGAUUGAAAGGGAUAUUCAACCAAAUACCGUUACAUACAAUUCACUUAUGGAUGGUUACUGUUUGCGAGGAGAAAUGAGCGAGGCUAGAAAAGUUUUUAAACUAAUGCUUAGCAAGGGCUUGAUGGUUGAUGUUUUUAAUUACAGCACAUUGAUAAAUGGAUAUUGUAAGCGUAAAAUGAUGGAUGAGGCCAUGACGCUUCUUCGGGAAAUGUCUCGUAAGGGACUGGUUCCAAAUACUGUUACUUAUAGCACUCUUGUAGAUGGUUGUUGCAAAGUGGGGAAAUUAGGUGAUGCACAAAAGUUGUUCUCAGAGAUGCAAGAUUGUGGCCAACUUCCAGAUGUUCAAACUUAUGCUGUUCUACUGGAUGGCCUGUGUAAAAACCGACAACUUUCUACAGCAAUCCAACUGUUUAAAGAGAUGGAAGGCAAGAAGUUGGAUGCAGAUAUUGUGAUUUACAGUAUUCUUAUUGAAGGUUUGUGCAUAGCUGAAAAAUUUGAAUCUGCAUGGGAACUCUUUUUUGGUUUAUCAUCAAGAGGGCUUCAACCCAAUGUAAGGACAUAUACCAUAAUGAUUAAUGGACUCUGUAUUGGGGGCCGAACAAGUGAAGCAGAAAAGCUGCUUACUGAAAUGGAAGAGAGAGGUUGUCCUCCAGAUGAUUGUACGUAUAACAUAAUUAUUUAA